AUGAGAGAAUACAAUAAUCAAGAUGCAAAAAUUAAUGAAACUGAACUUGAUCCAUGUAUUGCUGCAGAAAUUCGUAUGAAGAAAGCAUUAUUUUCACGAAGAACUCGACGUAAUCUAUUGAUUCUUUUCGUUUUCAUUGCUAUAUUAAUUCUACUUUCCGUUUUACUCUUCUUUCUAUUAUUCCGGACAUCAUCGAAAGGAACAGUUCCGAAAACGAAUGAAGUAAAUCCGGGAACUUCUCAUUCUCUUAUUGCUACAUCAAAAUUAUCAGAGGUAACGGCAAAUGAUUCUUCGAUGACAACAAUUGAGACAUUAUUGCCAAAAGUUGUUGAAAUUGGUGAUGAUGCAUUCAGCGAAAAUCCAACAGAUAUCGUUACUUCAUUACUUGAUAUAUCAUCUAUAGCUACAACAACAGCUGCAAUAAUAACUACUGUAUCAACUCUAGCGCAUACCAUGAAUACUUCCCAUAUUUUGAUACAGCCUACGAGUGAUAUUGUUACAUUACCUUUAACUGGGACAGAUAAGCAAAUAUCGACUAUUCUACCAUUAUUUAUUGAUAACGAUGGUAAUGAUGAUGAUAGUGAUAAUGAUGAUAACAAAAUUGAGGAUUGCAAAGCAUUACAUGAUCAAGGUAAUAAUGAAAAUGGAAUUUAUCAAAUUUUCCUCCCAAAAAUUGGCAAAUUUAAUGUUCUCUGUGAUAUGCAAACAAGUGAUGGCGGUUGGACGGUAAUACAGAAAAGAAAAGAUGGUCAAAUAUAUUUUGCAAAUCGUACAUGGAAUGAAUAUAAGAAUGGUUUUGGUGAAUUGACAAGCUCAUUUUGGCUUGGCUUAGAUAAGAUACAUGCAUUAGCGGCAAAAGACAAUGGAAAUCCGGUAACAUUACGGAUUGAAUUACGAGGUGAUUUAUGUGAAGAUAAUAACCGUUGCUCAAAACAACCGAAUGGUUAUUGGUGGGGUGAAUGGGAUUUUAAUAUUGGUAAUGAAUCGCAGAAAUAUACUCUUUCGAUAUCAACCGCUCAAGCUGGUAAUCUUUCUGAACGUACAUCUGUUGAUCGAUUUCAUUAUAUGAAUAACGGGAAAUCAUUCACAACUAUUGAUCAGGAUAAUGAUAAAUUUCAGGGUAAUUGUGCGCAAUUUCGUGAUUUUGGGGGUUGGUGGCAUAAUGAUUGCGGUUAUGUCGCAUUAAAUGGACGAUAUGGUGAUCGAACAUCAAAAAUGCGAAAUAUGUUUUGGUUUUAUGGUAAUGGUAUACGUCCAUUUAUUAAUUACUAUAUCAAACCACGAGAAACCGAAAUGAAACUACGAUCGAAAAGCUGA